AUCAUGUUCUGCCUAGUGCUGCCUAGACUCGAAGGACUAACUAGUUAAAUUUAACCAGUUGAACUACCCUAAAUCCGACACACUUAAUAUACAGCAUCCCAGCCUAUAUCACAGUGUCCUAUUACCAUCAUCCCCAAACAAUAAUGAGCGCAACAACAACAUCAGUCACCCCCUUCCUCAUGUUCGAAGGCGACGCGGAAGCCGCCCUGAAUUUCUACGUCCAAACAAUCCCAGGAUCCAGCAUCAUCUCUAUUACCCGCUAUGGACCCGGGGAAGCAGGCACAGAAGGGAAGGUUUCCAUGGCCAGAGCGAAUAUCGGGGGGUCGCUUGAGGUUAUGGCAAUAGAUAGCUACGUGAAGCACGCGUUCAAGUUCACCCCUUCGCUGUCACUGUUCGUCAAGUUUACAGAAGAGCAUGGCGAUGAUGCCAUCGAUCGCGCUGUGGGUGCUUUGAGUGAAGGAGGCUCGGUGCUUAUGCCGUUGGAUAACUAUGGGUUCAGUCGCCGGUUUGCGUGGGUGAACGAUCGGUUUGGAGUUUCGUGGCAGCUCAAUCUUGAAUGAGUCAAUCGGCAGGGAUUUAGUGGAUUUAUAUGGAAUGCUUUUGCUUGACAUUGGUAAAAGUGUGGAGUGGAUAUAUUUGUCUGCAGAGAUGGGGAUUUGUUUUUAUGUGGCCCAAGGUUUCCCGCAAUCCUUUGUGCAAAACAUUAC